CACGCGACUUCGGCAGCUCACUUUCCAUCUUAAUUUCGAUACAGAAGCCCAGGAAAACAUCUUAUCUACUAAUAACGUGAUCUAUCUUGGCACUGUACCAAAAUAGCCAUCACCCGAGACAGCUCGACAAGACGCGUCCCGUCGCUGCGUUAGCAGCCGCGUGAUACCCCGCGCUAUUUUCAGAGAAAACACAAGAUCGUAAAGACGGCAGGGCGUGAAAAGAGCAGAUCCUAGCAGAAGGAAUACAGUCCAAGCAAGACUAUCCACAUCGCAAAGCGCCGUAUCGAGUCGAGCUCACGUUGCAAACAACAUCAAACCGCCAGACAAUCCGCUGUCCAAGAAAACAUUCGCCAUCCGACCGGCGGUCUCCACGCAGCAAUGAGACUACUAGAUUGCGGCGAUGAUGGCAAGAUUAGCCUCAGUGAGACCUUAUUCAACGACAAAAUCCCCCCAUACGCAAUACUAUCCCAUACAUGGAGCGCAGACAACACCGAAGAGGUCACCUUCAAAGAUAUGGAAGGUGAUACCGGCAAGGGCAAGGCAGGCUAUGGAAAGAUCAAAUUCUGUGCAGAACAGGCAGGGCGUGAUGGCUUGCGAUACAUUUGGGUUGACACCUGCUGUAUCGACAAAUCGAACAAGGCGGAGCUCGAUGAGGCGAUAAAUUCCAUGUUUCGAUGGUACCGCAAUGCCUCUCGAUGCUAUGCAUACCUGUCAGAUGUUUCCAUCACCGGCGCUCUGCCAAAAAAUGCCCAACCUGACCUCUCGUGGGACCUGGCCUUUCGAGCGAGUCGGUGGUUUACCAGGGGCUGGACGCUCCAAGAGCUUCUUGCGCCAUCUUCGGUCGGAUUCUUCACGCAGGAAGGCACACGACUGGGCGAUAAGAGAUCCCUCGAACAGCAUAUUCACGAGAUAACAGGGAUACCAACUCCUGCGCUUCAAGGAACCCCACUUUCUCAGUUUAGUGUCGAUGAGCGAUUCUCAUGGACAGAGACACGCCUAACCACGCGCGCGGAAGAUAUGGUGUACUGUCUCUUAGGGGUUUUCGGUGUCUUUAUACCGCUGAUCUACGGCGAAGGGGUGGAAAAUGCAAUGCGGCGGCUAAAAAAGGAGAUCGACGAUACUCCGAAACGCCAAGAAUGGCUCCGAAAGCUAUUCGCUUGUCCAUACAGAGAUCGCAAGGAUCUAAAUCCGCCACGAGUAGCAGGGACAUGCGAGUGGUUCACGAACCAUCCGCUCUUCCUACAAUGGUGGGAGAGCAAUGCAGCUAGCCUGCUUUGGGUAUCUGCUGACCCGGGCUGCGGAAAAUCGGUGCUGGCUAAGUUCCUGGCAGACGAGGUGCUACCCAGCACGACUACGAGAACAACCUGCUACUUCUUCUUCAAGGACAACUUCGAAGACCAGAGAUCUUCAACAACCGCUCUCUGCUGUAUUUUGCGUCAGAUAUUCAUUCAGCAUCCCUCUUCUUUCUCCGACCAAAUCCUCAAACAGUUUGAUCAAGAUGGAGAGAAACGAUUAGCGUCCUUCCACGACCUCUGGGAUAUGCUUAUUUCCGUCGCAACUGGCCACAAGGGGGGUGAGAUUGUCUGCAUCCUUGAUGCCCUAGACGAAUGCGAGGUUUCAGGACGGCAUCAGUUUCUCGAGGCUGUCAGCAAAUUCUACUCAGGAACAGCGACGACUCGGCCUGCAUUGAAGUUUCUCUUGACUAGCCGGCCCUACCUGGAUAUCAAGAGAGGAUUAUAUCCUCUAGAACGCGAAUUGCCGAUGAUCCACCUAAGUGGGGAGACCCAAGAGGAGGUAGAUAAGAUUUCUCGCGAGAUCGACUUGGUCGUAGGAAGCAGCGUGGCGGAUGUUGGUGGAAGGCUCGGGCUUCUCCAAGAAGAGCGCGACGUUCUUCGAGAGGAACUUACGCUGGCUCCGAAUCGCACCUACCUCUGGGUGCAUCUCAUCCUCGACAUCAUAACCGGCAGCAUUAUCGACGGGUCAGAAGAUAUUCGGACGAUAGUGAAGACGAUCCCGAAAACGGUUGAUGCAGCAUACGACAGGAUCUUGUCAAAGAGUCCAGAUGUUGGGCACGCCAGGAAGCUCCUCCAUAUCGUCGUCGCAGCAGCGAGGCCUCUUACUCUGCAGGAGAUGGCCUUGGCUUUGGCGAUGCAGCCCCAUCAUCGAUCCUUCGGCGAUCUCAAGCUAGGGCCAGAAGACCGUAUCCGCCAUAACAUCAGGCAAUGCUGUGGGCUUUUUGUAGUGGUGGUUGACUCAAGGAUCUACUUGCUUCAUCAAACUGCCCGCGAGUUUUUGGUUCCCCCGCUAUUGUCGUCGCCCUUGGCAACUCCUAGCCCUACCAGCUCGACGCUACAGUGGAAGUAUUCGCUUCAUUCCGAAGAAUCUCAUCGCAUCCUUGCCGAAAUCUGCAUUUGUCGGCUCUCCUUAUCGGACUUUAACCUUCGGAGCCUUCAGGCAACUGGGGAACCAGAUCAGUACAUCGAUGAUCGCACGUUUCUGCGUUAUUCAGCGCAGUACUGGGCCGAUCACUUCCGCGAAGGUGGCUGGAAUGGCGGAGACUGGGCGAUCAAGAAAGCUGUAGCUUAUUGCCACCCGCAUAUACAGGCUUCCCAGGCAUGGUUUGAGGUAUUUCGAAUAGUGGUAACAAGGGCUGUGCCGGGGGAGGCUGUGCCGGAGGGAUUUUCGUCGCUUUUGGUCGCUGCCUAUUUUGGGCUUAGCAAGGUGGUGGAUCGGCUACCCAAGGAAGUGUUUGCGGAUCUGAACUUGAAGGACAGUCGACAUGGGAAGUCGGCCCUUUCUUGGGCCGCCGGCAACGGCCACCUGGCGGUAGUACAGCAGCUUCUCUCGGCUGGGGCCAAUGUCAACGCGAGGGACGGAUUUGGUUCGACGGCGCUUCACAACGCCGCCGGUAAAGGCCACGACAUGGUAGUGCAGCAGCUUCUGGCGGCCGGAGCUGAUGCCAACGCGAAAGAAAAGUACGCCUGGAAAGAGCCCCGAGCCGGCACCGAUGCAGACGAGAGGUACAAUGGUUGGACAGCGCUUCACUUGGCUGCCAUGAGAGGCCAUCAGGCGGUGGUGCAGCAGCUUCUCUCAGCCGGGGUCGAUGUCAACGCCAAGGAUGAUAUCGGUUGUACAACGCUUCACUGGGCCGCCAACUGUGGCCACGAUGCGGUGGUGCAGCAGCUUCUCGAGGCCAAUGCUGAUGCAGAUGCAACGGAUAGUCGGGAGGGAAGAUCGGCUCUCUCUUUAGCUGCCGUUAACGGCCACUGUAUCAUAGUGCAGCAGCUUCUCGCGGCCGGAGCCAAUGUUAACGCAAGGAAUAAUAACGGCUGGACCGUGCUUCACUGGGCGGCCAUGGGCGGCCAUGAGGUAGUGCUGCAGCAGCUUCUUGCGGCCGGGGCGGAUGCAGAAGGGAAGGACAACGACGGUCGGAAGCCACUCGACUUGGCCGCCAAGUAUGGACGAUGGCAAGGAUUGCCGGAAGCUUGACUAGAUGCACCCCUUCAGAAUCUGCCCUACUCGGUCGAGCAUAGAUUGCUCGUCAAAUAGCUCGGAUCAGCAGCUCAAGUGUUGGAAAAUAGAGGUUCAGGUUAGGGUUGAAGGUCCGCCAAAGGCGGGGUUGCCGGACCAUGUAUUUAAGAAUUCGGUGGAAUCAGCGACGGACAGAGCCACACGAACUGAAAUUGGCACCUUCUGGGACAUCCUUUUCCAACU